CAAAAGUUUGGGGCAAAUCCCCCAAUUGUUCUUAUAUAAAUAGUUACACAAAAGUUUCACACAUCAUUUGAGACCCUGCAUUUCAACUUCCUCUCUACCUUGAAAUCUGCAUUGAUCUGAAUUUUCUUUUUUUGGAAGCCAUGGAGGUUGACAGUGGCAGUGACCUUGAAGUUCAUGUGUUUCAGUCAUCAUCUGAGUUACUUGCAAAACUACAUGAAAAGUGGAGCCCAGUGAAGAAGCAACCUUACCCUGCUAUGUACUCCAGUAUUUUUGGUGGAAUCAUUCUGGAUCCUGCCAUGAUGAUGAUUCCAAUAGAUGAUCACAUGGUUCAUAGAGGCCAUGGAGUGUUUGAUACAGCCAUUUUGUUAAAUGGACACUUGUAUGAACUUGACAACCAUCUUGACCGCUUCCUAAGAUCAGCUUCAAAAGCCGAAGUCUCCUCGCCGUUCCCUCAAUCAACUCUUCGAAGCAUUCUCUUGCAACUAGCAGCAGCAUCAAAGCAUAAGAAAGGAACAUUGAGAUAUUGGUUGAGUGCAGGUCCUGGAAACUUUUUGCUCUCAUCUGCAGGGUGUCCAACACCAGCAUUCUAUGCAGUAGUCAUUAAUGAAGACUUUUCCCAAUGUAAGGAAGGUGUUAAAGUGAUAACCUCAACCAUACCAAUGAAGUCGCCACAAUUUGCAACAAUGAAGAAUGUGAAUUAUCUCCCAAAUGUACUUUCAAAGAUGGAAGCUGAGGAGAAAGGAGCAUUUGCUUCCAUUUGGGUUGAUGAGGAAGGCUACAUUGCAGAAGGUCCAAAUGUGAAUGUUGCUUUUAUCACAAGUGAAAAGGAGCUUGUUGUCCCCUUCUUUGAUAAGAUCCUGAGUGGCUGCACUGUUAAAAGACUUAUUGAAUUGGCCCCAAAGUUGGUUGAGAAAGGGCUUUUGAAAGGUGUUAAACUUGCUAAUAUUGCAGUGGAAGAAGCCAAAGGAGCCACUGAAAUGAUGUUUGUGGGGAGCACACUGCCUGUGUUGCCCAUUAUCACGUGGGAUGAGCAACCCAUUGGAGAUGGAAUAGUUGGAGAGUUGACAAUGAAGUUGUCAGAUCUUCUUUGGGAUGAUAUGGAGGCAGGGCCUGAGACACAUAGGACUCCUGUUCCAUACAAGGACUGAAAAAUAUGCUGAUUUGCGAAAAACAAAAAGAUGCUUGAAGGAAUGGUUCCCUUUUAUUUGCAUUAGAUGCCUCAUUACUCAUUAUUCCUUCUUGAUGUUUAUUAUGUUAAAUAGUACUUGAAUGUUUCAUCUUUGGUUUUCUUGUUUAUUAUCAUUAUGAAAUCUUUUGAGGCUUUUUUUUUUUUCUGAAUAAGAAAUCAAUGAAUCUUAUAAAAUGUUCUUGUUAGUUAGAGGCCA